AUGGACGGACUUAACGCAUCGGAACAGCGCGAGUUCGCUUCCCGCAUGGAGCGGAAGCAGAUGAAGGAGUUCAUGACCAUGUACUCCAAGAUGGUUCAGCGCUGCUUCGAUGACUGUGUCAACGACUUCACCACCAAGUCCCUCAUCAACCGCGAGGAGACUUGCAUUAUGCGCUGUGUUGACAAGAACCUCAAGAGCUCCGCCCGGUUGAACGAGCGCUUCCAGGAGCAGAACGCCGCCAUGAUGCAGAGUGGCUCCAUGGGAGGCAACUAAGCGUCUACUUUUGAUAAUAA